AUGUAUGACCUUAACGUGCCCACCCAGUUUGGCCCGGCCACCGUUCGUAUUGCCCUGCCGCCGGCCUCGCUGCUCAGAUUUCCUCCUGCCGAGCUUCCCGAGACCGUCCCAGCGCCGCACGUUGCGGAGGCCACAUGGAAGCAGCCUUUCAACAUCCCCGAUGAUCUCUAUACAAAGGUGUUGGACGUGCGCGUCCCCAUCACCAUUGCCAGCGUCUAUGCGAUCACUGUUGUUCUCAUCAACCGUAUCAACAAGAGCCGUGGCUAUAAACCAUACGCUUUCAGCCACACGCCUCUGUUCAAGCUGUUUGUCGUGCUGCACAAUGUCUUCCUAGCCGUCUACUCCGCAUGGACCUUUGUCGGCAUGUUUCAAGCCUUUGGUAACUCUUGGGCAGACCGUGACCAGCCUAACGGUCUGGUCGGUGUUGUGGACUCGCUUUGCAAAAUCAAUGGACCCCGCGGCUACGGCAAUGCCGCUACCUAUAGCCCUAUCACCGACCAGUGGUCGAUCCCCAACCCUGCGAUUAAGCUGACGGAUGGCCUACCCGAUUCGUCCGACGUCGGCCGUCUCUGGAACGGCGGUCUCGCCUACUUUGGCUGGAUCUUCUACCUCUCCAAGUUCUACGAGGUUGUUGACACUGCGAUCAUCCUCGCCAAGGGCAAGAAAAGCUCUACGCUGCAGACCUACCACCACGCUGGUGCAAUGAUGUGCAUGUGGGCCGGUAUUCGCUACAUGGCCGCUCCCAUUUGGAUCUUUGCCCUGGUCAACUCCGCCAUCCACGCGAUGAUGUACACCUAUUAUACCCUCACGGCUCUGCGCAUUCGUGUUCCCAAUGCGAUCAAACGUAGCCUGACAACCAUGCAAAUCACCCAGUUCGUCCUCGGCACCAACCUGGCCGCCGCCUAUCUCUUCGUUCACUAUACCAUCCCCUACCCUGUGGGCAGCACCGCCCUGCAGCACCUGUCCAAGACCGCCGCCGUUGCUACUGCGACCGCGGAGGCUGGUGUCGUCCCUUGGCUGAAGAAGCUGGCCCUCCGCGCCGCUGGUGCGGAAGGCAUUGCGGAGAACGUUGGUGGGGCCGUCGCUGCUCCUGCCUCGGGAUACACCCAACAGAUGGUCACCUGCAUGGACACCACCGGCCAGGCAUUUGCCAUCUGGCUCAACGUUUCCUAUCUGCUUCCCCUGACCUACCUGUUCGUUCGCUUCUUCGUCCGCUCCUACCUGAAUCGCAAGGACCCCCAGCAGCCGACCCACAUGGAGGCUGCUGAGAAGGCCGGUAUGGACGCCCUCAAGGGUCUGAGCCGCGAGAUCCAGAAGGCUGCUAUCGAGGGGGAGAACAGCGAGAACACCGAUGAGGAGGGAUUCAGAGCUCACGUACAGCAAAUUGUCGAGCAGAUCGUGACUCAGGACUCCCCCAUCCGGACACGCUCGUCUGCAGCCAACAAGGCCAAGGCCGCCGCCGCGAGCCAGUCAGCCUCGGAUGAAGGCUUCUCGCCCGUGCCCGCGAAGAAGGGUGCCAAGAAACAGAGCAAGAACGAGCGUGAGCGCGCAUCGAAUGGGCCAGAGGUGAAGGGGCAGAACCCUUUUGGCGUUCUCGAUAACAAUGCGUGA